AUAGCCGCAUAGCCACAUAGUCAUGCUUACGUGAAGCCGUCUGCCGAGAAGGGAAGCUGUACUCGAGAUGCAGGCCGAUACACUUGUGUCUUUUAGAAAAAAUAAAACAGAAACAACUUCAUCUUCAUCUCUCCGCUUUGCCUUCCACUUUCAGGAGAGAUAGCCAAGCCUGCAUCACUUCACAGAGGUGAGCACUGUUCACUGGGAAACACUCCAAUAUUCUUGUGAGGCCAACAAUCACCGCAAGAGCAAUGGCCGCUCGUCCAAACUCCAACACCAGCGAAUCGACUUCCGCAUCCAGCGGGGUAAACGAGGUCAGCGGGACCGGCUCCAGCAGGCAGUGGAUGUCGUGUGGCGGCCCCAUCCUCUUCACAGGUCCGGGUGGCCUGAGGGACUACCGAGCUCAGGUCUCCGCCGACAACCAGUCUGUGGGCAUCGGCAGCCGGUCAGGGGAGGCCACCAGUGACCUGGCCUACCUCAGUCGCCAGCCACCCGGCUAUUCCUUCCCCUUGGCAAAGCACGGGCGUGUGGGGGAGAUCGGGUGGCCCGUGGAAACCUUCAAGACUGUCAAAGGCUUUCAAAAUUAACCAGCUUCUGAAAACAUUUUAUGCUGUUACUUUUAUUGUAACACACACACACACACCUACCCACCCACUAUUCCACACACUCAGAGACUUACACACACAAGACGUAAACACACACACACUCACACACUCCUUCACACGCUCACAUAAAAGAUUACACAAAAUGUGGGAUGUUGCCGGCCUGUGGCCACUGGAUGCUGACUGUCGCCUGUUGCUGUGUGAUUUGACCACAACUAGUAUCCCAGGACUGAUGGCAGACGAUUUUGUACAGUUAACUGCUAAAACGAGGCUAGAGACGACAUAGCUUCCGGUUUAGUCACAGUCUUUGUUACGGCUCGCCGAGACUAACAGCGGAGAACACCAGAGACUAAGUGUUGGUCUCGGCAGACAGACAGCAGUCCACCUGUACACACCUGUUGACGAUGUGACACAUGGCGUCUGCUGGCUUCCACUGUGGCCAGUGAUAUUUAUAGCUGAACAACAGAGGGUGGUGUUCAGUGCUCUUGACGAGCUUUGGCUUCUGAAAAGACAUUGUAUUCUAAUACUUUGAGACACACACACACACACCACACACAAACACACACACAGACCACACACAUAGACCACACACACAUAUACUCACACACAGACCACACACACACACAGACCACACACACAUAUACACACACACACACAGACCACACACACACACUAAUGCCGAAGCAGUAUUUUGAUGGAACAAACGAAGUAUUUUAUUUAACUGUUUGCCUUUCUGUGCUCUUGUUGCUAUAAAG